UCAAAACUGUUCGGCCAUCCUUUUCCGUAAGCUAAGCUAAGUAAAAGUUUGACCCCUCUCUCUUGUGUCUCUGCCCCGUUCUCACGCUAAAUUAAAUUUAAUACAGAUUCUACACACUUAUUAGCCCCAACCAACUCUCUCUCUAUUUUGUGUGAAAUAGACAACGCAACCCUUCCCAAUUCUCCAUCAGAUCUCUCUUUUCACUUCAUAUAAUACAACACAACACACACCCAUACACACGCUAAUGCUACUGCUACUACCACUACCCAAUUUAAUCACAACCACCACCACCAACAUAAACCACAACCGCAACCACUUCAUAACUUGCAAAACGGCGUCGUAACACAACAAGCAUCGCAAAAGACACACAGAAAAUAAAAAAAAAAUGAGGUGUAAGAAACACUUACCUGACCUUAGCAGUACCAUCGGCGUCUGUGCCACAUGUCUCCGUGAACGCCUCAUAGCUAUACUCGCUGCGCAGGCCCAGGCCCAGGCCCAAGCCCACACUCAGGUUCAACUCACUCGAAACGCCUCCCGCGCCUCCGACGAACGUUCCAGAAACAACGACCCUAACCCGCCGCCUUUAGUCUUCCCUCGCUCCGUAUCUCCCUACGUUUCUCGUCGGAAAUCCGAUUACGCCGCCGCGUGGAACUCCUCCGAUGACGCCCGCGACCGGCUCUUUUACAGCACGCCUCAGCUUGGCCCAACCUACGCCGGGAAUUCCGAGUUCGAAGGCGGAGCGAGGCCGUCCAAGAAGCGAUUGAGCAAGUUCUGGAAAUUCUCGAAUCUUUUCAGGACCAGAUCGGAGAAGUAUCGUACGGAUCCGUCGUUCGAGAAACCGUCGCCGUCGGCGUCUCCUUCGUGGUUCUCUACGUUCUUUCCUUCUCGCCGGAAAAAUCAGGAUCGGACUGGAACAGCAGAGAAUUCAGCUCACGCAGCGGGAACACGGCGGCGGUACCACCAUCGAGUGACGGAUCGUGGAAUGUCGCCGGUAAGAAAGGACGAUUUCGGUGACGAAUGCGAUCGGUCUCCGUCGGGAAGCGGAUACGCUUCAGAGUCGUCUCCUCAGUGGCGAAGGACGCCGUUGUCGACGGCGACACCUGCGCGACGCUCGCGGCUAGGGCAUGCGAAGAGUAUUUCAGGUUCAGGCAUGGCUAUUUGCUUGAGUCCGUUGGUUCGUGCGAGUCCGAACAGGAGGUGGAACCACAAAGGAUUGCCUCCGGAGAUGGCGGCGGCUGUCGAGGUUAGGGCGGCGGCGGCGAAGCCGCACCUCUCCGCCGCAGCGUCGUUUUGCGCUAACCGGUCCAGGAAGCUUGCGGAUUUUGGAAGAGUUAACCACAACCGUUGAUUCUGUUGACAUUUCAUCUGGUACGGUCAUCUCUUUUUUCUUUAAAAGAAAAAUUCUUUUCGUUUGUGCAAAUUCUAAUUUUCUUUUCAAAAAAAAAGAAAA